GGGCACCACACCUUGACCACUAAAUAUUGCGCUAUUGUCCUCCUUCAGCUCUCUCGUGUGUCAUAAUGAGCUUCCAGGACAUUGAAACUGGUGUUGCACGUACGGGACAGUCCAGUUUGACAGCACUUCAGCCGCGUGAAGAGUCUGCGUUUCUCUCCUUGCAAUCGUCACUUUCACUCCAGGUGUUCAAGAUAAAUUCGAAUGUACAGGGUAUUCUCAAGCUGGUCGACCAACUUGGCACUACAAAGGACUCUGCCACGCUUAGGAAGUCAUUACAUGACCUCACCGAAACCACGAGGGCUAUGGCUAAGCGAGGCUCUGAGGACUUGAAGAAGAUUGCCUCAACCGCUACGGCAAGCCCUCAACACAAGACCUCAGUUCAGAAAAUAUCACAUGACUUGCAACUGUCUUUGGUAGCGUUUCAAAGAGCACAACAAGUUAGCGCAGAGCGCCAGAGAACAGUGGUAGAAGGGGUGAAAAUAGCAGUAGAAGAUGAUCACUAUGAUGAUGCGCUGCGCCAACGAGAGCCAAGCGCGUCUCCCCGACUACGUCAGGCUCAACUUCUUCAGUCACAGCUUUCCCCGCACGAACUUGCGUACCAAGAGUCUUUGAUUCAAGAACGAGAAGCGGAAAUUCAAGAGAUUGAGUCCGGUAUACAUGAACUAUCGGAGAUCUUCCGUGACCUUGGGACACUCGUCAACCAACAAGGCGGCAUGCUUGACAAUAUCGAAUCAAACGUGUAUUCCAUCGCUGUAGAUACCCAGGGGGCAGCCGAGGAGCUUUCGACUGCUUCCGAGUACCAACGCAAAGCUGGACGACGUGCAGCGUGUCUCAUGAUUAUUCUUGUCGUCGUCGUUGCAGUUGUGCUUUUGGCUAUUUUAUCAUAGAUGUGUGGCCUUGUGUCGUCGCCUCUCAUACCUUUGCAAGUUUUCUAUUAGCUGAUGAAUUAUGGACCUCGCUGUGGAUAUGUUUCACCAAGUGUUUUAUUUCUAACGUCUAUUUCUUAUAUUAAUGCACUUUGAUGCGAGUUCAUGAUACCCUCCCCAGUCAAUGUGUGUGUGUGUGGUAAGUUAGAACGAGGAUAGAUUCCAGUCUGCAGCUUGUAUUCUUUCUCGAUGUGUGAUAUGUACGUGAUACGUAGUCUCACAUACGUAUGAAAUCAGAGUUCGUAUCUUACAUAAAA